CUGAAGUGAUCAAGUAAAUGCUCCACGGAAAUGCUUUACCCUCCGCUGCUGCCUAGGGCAUAGGCGACGCGCUCUCCUCCGAAUCUCAGAGAAAACCUCUCUCCGCCGCCACGGAGUAGGCUGAUAGAUCGCCAUCUCCAAGCUCGAGCGGCGGCGCAGCUGAGUUUGUUCAAUGGAGGACCUACCGGAGGCUCUGAUGACAGAGAUUCUAAAGAAGAUCACCAGGACCAGUGAUCUGAACUCUCUUUCCCUUGUGUCAAAGCAGCUCUACAACAUAGAGGGGAAUCAAAGGGGUGCUAUCCGUCUUGGUUCCGGUCUUUGCACUGCUACAGAAUCACUGACAUCAUUGUGCGCCCGGUUCCCAAAUUUGCGGAAAGUGGAAAUCGAUUACUCUGGUUGGAUACCUGGUUGGAUACCUGGACAUGGAAAUCAGUUGGACAGUAAAGGCCUCUUUGUGUUUUCAUCUCACUGUUCCUCUCUGAUUGACCUCACCUUAAGCUUCUGCUCAUACAUCGAUGACUCUGGUCUUGGUUGUUUAGCUUAUUGCAAGACAUUGGUGUCUCUCAGGCUGAUCUCCGCACCACAAAUAACGUCAAUUGGGCUAUUUUCGGUUGCAGUUGGUUGCACGAGUCUAUCUGCUCUCCACCUUAUUGAUUGCGAGAAAAUUGACAGCAUAGAUUGGCUGGAAUACCUUGGUAGGAAUGGAUCGUUGGAAGAGCUUGUAGUGAAGAACUGCGCAGGAAUCAAUCAUCAUGACCUCCUAAAGUUUGGUUCAGGAUGGAUGAAGCUCCAGAAGUUUGAGUUUGACAGAAAAAGAGGAAGAUAUGAUGAUGCUCUUAUAGGUGAUGAGGUCUAUGACUCCUCGUAUGAUGCUCACAACAUGGAUAUAUAUGAUUUCUGCUGUGAGAGUUUGAAGGAUUUAAGGUUGGCGCAUAUUAAAACUUGGCCGGAAAUAGGACUUCGUGUUGUCUUAGGGAAGUGUAAAGCAUUGGAGAACCUUUGCCUUGAGUAUGUGUAUGCCCUAAAUGACAAUGACAUGAUUGCAUUAUCCCGGAGCUGCAGCAACCUUAAAAGCAUCUCACUUUUGCUCACACGUCAGCUCUACUCUAGUGAUGUCAGCUAUUGUGAAACCAGGACGUCAUUUACUGAUAAAAGCCUUUACGCUCUAGCCCUAAACUGUCGUAUGCUUCAGAUCGUAGAACUCAAAUUCACAGCAUGUGCUCCUGAUUGGCCAUCAGAAAUAGGAUUUACACAACAGGGUUUUCUGGUGCUCAUUCAGUCCUGCCCGAUUCGUGUUCUCGUGCUAGAUACUGCCAACUUCUUUGAUGACGAGGGGAUGAAGGCCCUCUCAUCCUCACCACAUCUGGAGACACUCGAGCUUAUAGUGUGUGAAGCGGUAACUGAUGUUGGGAUGCGCUUCAUUGCGCACACCCCAUGCUUGAGUAAUCUCACACUUAGGAUGUGUAACCGUGUGACUGAUGUUGGAGUGGCUGAACUGGGACGUGCACAUAAGUUAGAGUCUUUGGUCAUUGAUUAUUGUCAUGCGAUCUCUCUGCAAGCUGCGCAGGGUGUUGCCAAGUCAGUUCACUACUCCAUGGACCGGUCAGCCGCCCUUUGGAAGAAAAUCGGGUUUGAUGACGACUGGUGGAUGAAGUGGUCACCAAAAUUUUCAGUAUAAGUUGGCUGCUGAAGCCAUUAACUUGUUGAGUGUGCAUAUUGGACAAGGCUGGCAAUCAUCCAACCCAGAUUCACUUCUCUGAACUUGUUAUUGCCUUCUAUCUGUGCUGCAAUGAUUCUCCGACAGUCUAGUGAGUACUCUCUUUACUAGUAGCCACCACGUGUGUACUAUCUACUGUAAUUCUGGUUGCUUAGUUUCUGCCCUCUGUAGCCGUUCUGAAACCCUCAUAAACAGGCCGGCCCGACCGUUUAGUUUUAUUUGUAUUAUUUAAGCAAAUGAACCCAUUUUUAGAAUCGCGGGAGUGAGUUUGAAGUGUGUACUAUCUGCCUGCUACUUUUCGCUUGACAAUUUUGGUAUGGAUCAGUGCAGUAAUGGUCAAUGUCUCACAGGUACCUGUACU